CCACACACACACACACACCAUUAUGUUACACACACCCCAUAUGCUCAGGUAAGUGUUUCCUCCCUGUGUGGGGAAAGUCAUGCAUGCCCGCCAGAAGGAUCCAUUAUCAGAGCAGUGAAGGUAUUCUAAUUCAUUAAUCUUGUCAUGCUUCAGAAGGUCUGAGGUUUUUACUCGUAUCUGCAUGUGUUUAGCUCCGGCAGCUGCAGAAGCAAGCCAUUUGAAUCUGCAUCCACACUGGUAGGCCAGUCAUGAGUUUAUACAAGCAUGUGUGCACCGACUGAGCAGCACAAAACCAGGUAACAUACACUGCUGUGUCAAGAAAGGCUUUUAGGUCCCUUCUGUGAAAUAUAAUACCUGACAAAAUACUUUAGCUUGGCAUCUGAGCCAAAAUGUUGCCUUUGGAGUAGGGUGCAGCCAUAAUAAACAGCACAUUGUGCAAAUAAUCCUCUUAGAAACAGCCUAGCGAUGGCUCAGAUGGGCAGCCUUUCUAAAACCUCAUCCUGAGAUCCAAACUAAAUCAGCUGCAUUACCUUUACAAAGGGAGGGAUUUAAAUGUUUCAUUUAGUAGAAUUCAUUUGUGAAUCCUUAAAAAUAUCAAAGGUCCUUCACUGAGAAACCAUAUUUUACUUAUUUUGUUUGAAAAUGAUCACUUUGAGUUUAACAUGCAGGCUGAACACGAAAAUAGUAUCCUAUACCUACCUCCUGCAUUAGCUUAGAAAAGCCUGACAGAUCUGUGUCACACUGUUACUUAAUAUUCAUGGACUUGCCCAUCUUGACUCACAACGUAGAAGGCUGUUAUUGGUUUAGCAUCCAGGAAACAGCAGAAAAUGGUCUCAGCUAGUAGAAGCUAACCGUUAGCAUUAGCAACUUCACCCCACAGCAGAACAACUCCAGACUAGUGUUAGUUGUGGAGUUAAAAUAUCAACAUUGCAGAGCAAACUGUGUCAGUGGUACCAGCGUAGAGUUGCGUUGCUGUUAGCCAAUCCGUGGCGAGAUGUCCAAACGUCAGGAAAUAAGAAUCCUGCCGUCUGAAGCUACUUUCUCUGGCUGAAUUCUUCAUGCUGAAACAGGCUACAACUUACAAGGUAUUCAUCCCUUCUAGAGACCACUGCAAAUGUUUAAAAUUAGGAGUGAAGAACCUCUAAAAUGUUUGAAGCCCAGUAAAUUGUCAUUUUUGCUGCAACCCUAUUUUUAAAAGUUUGUCAAAUUUAAAAGUCUUAAUUUUUUUGUAUGGAAAUUAUUAAUUUCUUUAGAAAAAUAACCAAAUUCCCUUUUAAAAUGUUAGAUAGCCCACAUAUUUUAAUUAUUUCUUAAAUUAUAAGCAGUGUAUGCUUUCAGACAGACAACAAAACCUGCAAACUGUAACACAAGGAUUUUGGAAGAUGUGCAGUCCGUUGUGCAUUUUAUGACCAGGAGUUUUGAUGAUAUUAGUCCAAAUACUGAUUUAUGACUCAUGGUAUUUACUUUUUUCUUCAGUAAAUGUCGAACUAAUGAACUGAAACCCUGCAGAAAAGCUUAAUCUAAGCAUGAUUCAAAAGAAACAAGAAAAUUACUCAGUCUUAAAGUCUUCUGUGGUGCAAGUUCAUCAGCCUGUUAACAAAGCUUUUUUUUUUACUGCUGAAAGAGCUCAACUAAACAUAGAAACUAUGUUUUAUUGAGUGUUAUUAUUUUAGGUUGCAUUCAAUUACCAGUCUUCAAUUUUCAUUAUAACAUUUUUCUGUAAUUAAUUUUCUCUUUGAUUAUGUUCUGUUUUAUUAUAAGAAUUACUGACAGAUAAUAUUACUACUAAUGUUUCAAAAGAACAAUAAUUAUGUUUUUAUAAAAGGUAAAAAAUUUCUAAGAGUUCAUUUAGAUUAACAAACUUUAUUUAAAUGCAUAUUGGCCUACAGUAGAAUAGAACUAUUUUAAAUAUAAUUUUAGCUUUUAAAGCCUCAGGUGUUCAGAGCUUCUAUGCUAUGCUAAAAACAGUAUUGUACUAUACAAUUUAUCAACACAAAGUUUAGAUUUUAUUAUUUUUAUCUUCAACUUCCUAAAUAAAACAGAACACAUGAGCUGGUUUUUACACAAAAAAAAUCUCAAAUAAUAAAAUCUUCAGAAUGACUUUGAAAUGAUGGCCUUAAUUAAGGCCGAUUUAGAUUACUGUAAAUAAGUUUGAGACUUUUUUUUUAUUCUGUGAGAUUUAUGAAAUUAUUUGGGGCUCACCUAGAAUUUAUUAUAGUUAUUCAUGUAUAAGCUGUUUCUGUCAUGCUCUUUAAUGUGGGAUCUCUUAAAUGUGCAUCCGCAGCUCAGUCUACUAAAUGGUAAUUGGUAAAUGGUCUGUAUUUGAUGUAGCACCUUCUAGAGUCCUGUAACCCCCCAAGGUGCAUUACAAUACAAUCGGUCAUUCACCCAUUCACACACACAUUCACACACUGGUGGGGAUGAGCUACGAUGUAGCCACAGCUGCCCUGGGGCGCACUGACGGAGGCGAGGCUGCCGAGCACUGGCGCCACCGGUCCCUCUGACCACCACCAGCAGGCAACGUGGGUUAAGUGUCUUGCCCAAGGACACAACGACAGCGACAGACUGAGUGGAGCUCAAACCUGCAACCUUCCGAUUACAGGGCGAGCACUUAACUCCUGUGCCACCGUCGCCCCAUACUACGAUUGUAUGUUUUUCUCAGAACAAAGACUUAAAACUUUCAUAAAAUCAGUAUGUAUCAUAAAAGUUAAACAGAUUUAUAGUAUAGCAGGAGACAGUUACUUAGACAGCCCAAAGUUAUGAGAAUAUCUGUCUCCAACUUCAAAACGUGCAUCAGAAACGUAGCUCUAAACAAACGUAAACCUCACUGUUCCAUGAAUCAAGAUAACAUGAACCAGUGAGCGCAUAAACCUUACCGCUCCCGUUUCCCCGAAACUCUUCCAGAGAAAACAAAGCAUCAAACAGCCAAGCUUCAUUCACUCAACAGAUUCCUCUGACUCCAUCCUCUGAUCCAUACGACCCAGGCAUUUCCCACCACCUUCUGCCGCUGUAUUUUUCCUCCUAGGUUCAUAAAACGCUUCGGUACACACUGCUUCCUUCUUUAUGAUCCGAGGAGGCUGCUUUGAUGCAUCCUUCCACCGUGAUCCUACCCCGAUGCUUUAUCACUCUCCUACCUGUUUGUUUCUCUGAAACCAGCUACAUCAUUAUACCCACUGGUGGCAAUUAGAGGAGCGUAGGAGUUUGCAGGCUCUCUGCUUCAGCUGGAUGUUAGGGUCAGAACUGAAAGGGCUGAUGAUGCAGUGGAUAGUUUGUAGAUAGCAGUUGGAGGUAAAGAGACUAGCUGGGGUGACCAUAGAAGAGGUGAAGACCCCAAAUCACAGCUUUAUGAUGGAGGGAUUUUAGUCCAGAUGAUUAUGGCCUCCAGAGAAAGAAGCCCAAUAUGGCAAAAAGUGUAGUGUUGUGUGAUUAUGGGGUGAAUGAACUUUUGGUUUAGAUUAGAUUAGAAUAGAACAGCAUUGGUUAUGGUUAUGGUUAGAGUAUGGGUUAGGAAUAGUGGAGUCCCAAAAAUGAAUGGAAGUCAGUGGCAGGUCCACACAAGGAUAGAUACAAGAGUAAGUGUGUGUGUGUGUGUGUGUGUGUGUGUGUGUGUGUGUGUGUGUGUGUGUGUGUGUGUGUGUGUGUGUGUGUGUGUGUGUGUGUGUUGUCUGCACUGCAGGAAUCCCCGUGACCUACCUUGCAUGCACUCAUGCCUGCAGAGGCAGCAGUUUCAGUCGACCCUCUGCAGAAUCAAACAAUGCUUUUAUUCCAUAGUAAAGUCAAGUCAACUUUAUUUAUAUAGCACUUUACAACAGCAUAAAAGCUGACCAAAGUGCUUAACAAGCCAAAAAGAACAGAAGUUCCCUAAAAAUUCUAAAAACAAGAUAAAAAGUUCAUCACAAAGUCAAAACAUGAUAAAAACAAACAUAUCAAACUGACAUAAAAGCUACUAAAAACAGAUGCAUUCUCAAACUGAAUUAAAAGCAACUGAGAACAAAUGAGUCUUUAAAAGCGAUUUAAAACCCGACAGUGAUGAAACCAUCCUAAUCUGAAUUGGGAGUGCAUUCCACAACCUUGGAGCUGCUACUGAGAAAGCUCUAUCACCCCUGAGCUUUCUCUUUGUUCUCGGCACCUCCAGGAGAAACUGGUCGGCUGAGCUCAGUGACCGAGGCGGGGAGUGAGUAAACACUAUUAGGGGUCUAUACCACAGUAAAAUGUUUUUUGGCUCUUGUUUUCUUGAAUUCUCAAUAAACGUAGUCCAACAACCAGCUUGCAUAAACUCCUGUAGAUACUAAAUUACCUACACCGGUGUGAGUAAUGCUUCAAUCAUGGUGUGUAAAUUAUGCAUGGUGGUGCAGUUGUUAGCACCGUUGUCUCGCAGCACGAAGGUUGCAGGUUCGAAACUCGGCUGCGUCCUUUCUGCGUGGAGUUGCAUGUUCUCCCCAUGCAUGCGUGGGUGUCCUCCGGGUACUCCGGUUUCCCCCACAGAUCACAGCCCUAGAUUAUAGCCCUAUAGGUUAUAAAUUGUAAGUCGCUUUGGAUAAAAGCAUCUGCCAAAUAAAUAAACAUAAAAAUAAAUAAAUUAUACAGGUGCCAGCCACACUCUCUCAGUAGAGCAGGUGUGUAUAAGUAGAGGCUUCUAAAAACACAUAGUGUUCAAAUUCACCUGCUUGUUUCAUGAAAAACUAGGAAUUAUUUUUUAGAGCUCAAUAACUGCAUUUUUAUAAGUUCUUGAGUUGAGAUCCAGAGCUAUUCACAAAACAUGUGGGGCUUGUUAGUUUAAACGAGUUGACUCCUUAUAAUUAUUUAAAUCAUCAUUUUGCUUGAAAUAUAUAGUGACAGAGAGCGAAAAGUGGACAUGUCCAGGGAAAACAGGACAUACGGUCACCAUAGUCCUCAUAAUGCAGGAAAUUACAGAUACAGUAUUUUGCUUGUGCUCUUGCUGCCCUGGGCACUUUAGAUUUCGUGGGCCCUGGGCAAUUGCCCUGUUGCCCACAUGGUUAAUCCGGCCUUGUGAGCUGGUCUUGUCUGAUUUCUGUUUGUAAAACCCAAGCCCCCACAAUGCGGGUGAAAAUUUGAAUCAAACAUGGAAGUGAAAUAAAUUGCAGUUCCCCCCUCAUCCACUAGGGGCUGGUGUCAGAAGCGAGCAAAUCUUCAUUGACUCCCAUGUUAAAAAUACCAAUUUCACAGCAGAAAUAAACAUGUUUACAGCCUGGUACCAAAACAUGUUUUUUGUUUAAAUGAUCUAGUUUACAUUCAUGACAACUCUGAGGGGGGUGAAUUUUUUUCUCACUCUUCUGUUUAAGUGUAUUAAAAGCCUAAAAUUCUGUAUAAUUAAUGAGCAUCUGACCCACGUGACUGCAGAGCUAGCUCCGUGGAAAGGCCUCAGUAGAGCUUCGGUCUGGCUUGGAAACUGCUCCGGCAUUUUGACUCUCUGUGUUUGUGUAUUCUGUUUUAGAUAUUAUUUGUGCAACUGUUGGACAAAAUGACUUGAUGUGGCAUUAAUUGAACUAAUAGAGUGUCCAAGGAGUCACCACUUCAUUUUUUUCUGUAAGUAAAAUUAUAUUUAUGUAUUUUAGGUCACUGCCGAGCUGACCUUAGAUUUUAACAUGUACUGUUUAACCAUGAAAUUUAAAUGUAAUAGGGUAAAACCCAGUGCAUUUAACAUAAUGCUGCACUUUAGAAAAUGGGUUGAAAUAUAACAUGUUGGUGGAGCUGGGUUCCGACUAUCGGCUUGUGGAGCUCUCGGGAGACCGAUAUUUUCCACCCGUUCUCCCCUCCCCGCAGCUCGGCCCAUCUCUGUCUGAUCGCGGCUUCUGUCUGCUGCGCGGGCUGUCGGCUUGUGGAGCUCUGGGAUGGAAACCUUUCCACCCGGUUCUCCCCAGCGGCAGCUCUGCGCAUCUCAGAUUGAAGUGGCGCUUGUCUGCUGUGCAGCUGCCGGCUUGUGGAGGUCUCGGAGACCUCUGUGUUCCACCCGGCGUAUCUCUGACUCAGAAGCUCUGGUGUUGUGCACAGUUAACUCCAGUUGUAGCUAGGUUGCUACCUCCGUUAGCUUAGCUCCCACCUCCGCGUUAGCUUUGGGUUAGCUUCAGGUUAGCUUGUAGCUAGUUCGACCGGGUGUCGUCAGUUGAUCCCAGCCUCACAGCCCCACCCUCAGCUCCACCUCUCUUCCCUUUUGUGGAAUUGUCUGGGCUUGAUGGAACCGUGACACGGUCAAAAUGGCGGUGGUGGCCACCUCCCAUUUAUCUUUAAAAAUGUGUUAUUGGAGCUUAUGGAAACCCAUUGUCCAAUAUUUAUAUGUCGAUGGUAAAACCAGAUAAAUCUCGGCUGCAGCACAGAAACAAACCCACAUUAAUGUUUCAAAAUUAGCAGCAAACACCGCCAUUUGUUCAUUAGCUUAGAUGCUAACAAAACACGGUUCACUGUAGCAAUAAAAACACAACAGAAAACAAGUAUCCAGAGCGAGCUGCUACGAGCACUGUUUAAAAAUCCCAUGAGCCUUUGCUUCCAAAGGAAGAUGCUGUGGGAUUAUUAUGACCUGCUAAUUGAUUUUAGCCCCAUGGCUGUUAUUUAGGAAAAUAGAUGUAUGGCGAUCCUCUCAUUUCAGUUUUGGUGUGGAUUUAUGUGAUCAACCUAUGCUGAUGUCAUAGGUUGAUCACAAUGCAUUGUACAACUCUUAAUAGAUGGUUUUAUGAAAAAUUAAUGGAAUGUUGACUGCACAAUGGUGCAGUGGAUAGCACUGUUGCCUUCCUGGGUUCGAAUCCAGGAUCGGGGUUUCUCUGAAAAGAGUUUGCACGUUCUCUGGGUACUCUGGCUUCCUCAUACAGUCCAAAAACAUGACUGUCAGGUUGAUUGGUCUCUCUAAAUUGGUUGUUUGUCCUGUGUGUCUCUGUGUUGUCCUGUGAUGGACUGGCAAUCUGUCCAGUGUGUACCCCGUCUGUUUGCCCGUUGACUGCUGGAGAUAGGCGCCAGCCCCCCGCGACCCUGCAUGGAUAAGGGGGUAAAGAUGAUGGAUUCAAUUCAAUUCAGUUCAAGUUUAUUUAUAUGGCGCCAAAUCACGACAAGAGUCGUCUCAAGGCACUUCACAUAAUAAACAUUCCAAUUCAGGUCAGUUCAUUAAGCCAAUCAGAAAUAAUGUUUCCUAUAUAAGGAACCCAGAAAAUUGCAUCAAGUCACUGAGCAAUCCUCAUACUAAGCAAGCAUAAAGCGACAGUGGAGAGGAAAACUCCCCUUAAACAGGAAGAAACCUCCAGAGAAUCCUGGCUUAGUAUAAGCAGCCAUCCUCCACGACUCACUCGGGAUCGAGAAGACAGAGCAGACACACACACACACACACACACACACACACACACAAAUCUGCAGUCUGAGAGCGAAGUGCUCGGUUAGGAACGUAUGGAACAAUCCGAUUACUGAUGUAUGAUGGACCUUGAUUAUUAAGAGCUUUAUAUGUGAGAAGAAGGAUCUUAAAAUCUAUUCUGAAUUUAACAGGUAGCCAUUGUAGGGAAGCCAAGACAGGAGAGAUAUGAUCUCUCUUUUUAAUUCUCAUCAGAACUCUAUAGCUGCAGCAUUUUGGACAAGCUGAAGACUUUUAACUACAUUCUGUGGACUUCCUGAGAGUAAUGAAUUACUGUAAUCCAGUCUUGAUGUAAUAAAUGCAUGAACUAGUUUUUCAGCAUCACUCCUGGAAAGGAUGCUUCUAAUCUUAGCAAUAUUCCGAAGGUGGAAAAAGGAAAUCCUACAAACCUGUUUAACCUGGGAUUUUAAUGACAUGUCCUGGUCAAAGAUAACACCAAGGUUCCUUACUUUGUUCUUGGAGAUUAAUGUAAUGCCAUUCAGGUCAGGUGAUUGGCUAAGCAAUUUCCUUUUCUGGAUUUCUGGUCCAAAGAUGAGAACUUCCGUCUUGUCUUGAUUUAAAAGCAAAAAGUUUAGAGUCAUCCAUUUUUUUUAUGUCCUGGAUAAAAUGGAUAAUGGAAUGUGUAUUUUUAAAUGUUUGCGAAAUCUGUCUUACCCAUCUAUCCAUCCAUGUUCUACCCAUUUAUCCAUGCAGGGUCGCGAAGGGGGUUGGUGCCUAUCCCCAGCAGUCUCUGGGCAAACAGCACAUCAGCUGAUGGUGAGUGGAGGGCUUUUACCUGGAGCUGGUCACCGUUCACAGUAAGUGGGGAAUGCUCAUUUCUCAUUCUCUUUCUAUUUCCCUUUGGGUCUGCUUCACAUUCCAGACCUCCUUACUUCCUUUUAAAUUCUACUUCCAGUCCACCCUUUAGUCAGAAAGUUGUAAAAUCCUGGCUCCUGAUUCCACCCACAGCCGGGUGACGGGGUGUUUCUGUGAACAUCCUCACAAAAAAAAUCUGGUAGUUAGAUGUUUUUGUCUUUAGGGCUGAAGGGCUUAAAUACAGUCAAAGAGUGAAUAAAACAUUUGCACCCAGAUCUUCUGUCUUUUAUCCUGAGGAACUUGCCGAGGAGCAAAUGACUUCACAUAUGGAAGGAGGGCUGCCCACUGCAGAAAUGCAGCUCGCUACAGCAUCAGGAAGGUUUGGUGAUGCAGAAAUGAAAUUACAGAAGUAAAAUAUACUUUAUUUCCUCCGAGUUCAAUUAGAUGUUUAAACUUAAAGUGUACUAAAACAGACUGGUGGGGAAUAAAACGUUUAAAUCAGCUCAGUUUGAGGUCAGCAUAUUUAAAAUCAACCUUCAUUAUUUUAACCUUGUUAAUUGCAUGCUUCUGCCAGUUUUAGCAGUCCCUCGUCAUCUGCUGUCUCCUGCUCUUCGGCUGCGGCUGCUUGACUGUGGAAGAACACAUUUCUACAUUUUAGAGUCAGAAUUGAAAAAAGAGAGAGGUAUUUGCUGGACACACGUUAUGCACAGCCCUGUGUGUUUUGCCGUCUUUCUGCGCCGCUUACUUGCUCUAACGUUCUUUUAAAGACAAGAAACUUUGAAAAAAAGCAAAAAUGUGCUUCAUUUGGACUAGAAAAAGGUUUGUUUCUUUACUAUUUCAGUUACUGCUACUAAAACAAAGCCCGAAUAGCAGCAAACCCCCCAAAAAUUCUACAUUUUUCAUAAAUAUAAAUGAACAAGGCAAGAAAAGUGGAUGUUUAUGUCCCUUCAAAUGGAAUUUCUAACCUCAUGAUCUCUUUUAUUCAAAGCCUGUGUGCAGCAUUACCAGUUUUAGCUUGUUCUGGCUCUUCAAAGCAGAGUGAGCUGCCUCACUGACCUUUUUUUUUGCUUUGUGCGCAAAGCACCCACCUCCAGAAAUGGACCUUGAACAGGGUUGUUAAGCUUGAGUCAGAUACUGCAUCUAACGGACAGAUGGAUGAAGGAAUGAACAAACGUUUAUUCAUUUCUUUGUCCAUCUGUCAUUCACACGCUCCAUUGUGAACGCCGUGGGUCAGAUUUUGACAAAGUGGGAGUAAGGAUGCAUCCCACCACCACCAUCACCACAUUUGGGCAUUUUCACAUGAAAGUGACGCAGUUAUUAAGAAUUAACCGAACAGUUAAGCAAAACGCAUUCGUGCAUUUCAUUUAAAAAUAGGCUGGAAGGUGAGUUCACCGAGGCUCCUGUGUGUUUUUCAGGUUACCUGUUAGCUCUUUAUCUAAAGCUGCACCUUUUCACAACAGGCGUGUGUGUGUGUGUGUGUGUGUGUGUGUGUGUGUGUGUGUGUGUGUGUGUGUGUGUGUGUGUGUGUGUGUGUGUGUGUGUGUGUGUGUGUGUGUGUUGUCGUACUUGUCUCCCCCUGGGGAGAAGCAAAAGCCUCCUCCCUCAUUCUGUUUGAGGUGAGUUGUCUUGUUUGUGUCGUGAUGCAGCCGACUCACUGAUGUCUCUGACUGUCUGUUGCCCAGGUCCCCCGAGAGGCACUCCGUCUCGUCUGAAUCAUCAGGCUCAGCGAGUGCCUGACUUCCUGGAGCCAUGCCCGCCAUCGUCAACCUUUUCUUCAACGUGGUCUCCACCAACACCACCAUCUCCUUCAACGUGGUGCUGCCGAUGAUGAGCCUGGUAUCUCUUGUUGCCGGGGUCACGGGUCACCUGCUGCUGUGGUUGGUGUUGGUCAGGAACCCCCGCAGUCGCACCAAGCCCAGCUCCAUCCUGCUUCUCAAUCUCAGCCUGGCCGACCUGGGCGCCCUGCUCACCCUUCCCUGUGUGCUGCUCAGCGCUAGCGUCCAGAACUGGCAGCUGGGUGGUGGGACCUGCGUCCUGCUGGGGUUCAUGACUUCGGUUGCGGUGGGGGUGGAGAUUUUCAGCCUGGCGGCAUUGGCUGUUUUACGCUAUCGUAUCGUCGCACCACGGAUUAGACCACCUGCUAAUAUGACUCAAGUAUUGUGCACAGUGGUAGCUAUUUGGUUGGUCUCCAUAGCCAUGGCCGUACCUAAGGUCACCUACAUCAACUUUGAUGGUGGAUGCACGUGGUCAGUUGGCUGGGAGGAGUGGCUGUUUUUCCUCGUUCCGGCCCUGUUGGUUUACUACGUGGCCCCCCUCCUGUGCAUCGCCAUCAACUGUGGCCUCAUCAUCUCCCACCUCCACAGCUGCAGAGGAACCCUCAUCGCUGACAGACGUAACAAGAAAGCAACAGCUCUGCUUGUUGGUUCCACCUUGGUUUUUGCCGUCAGCUGGCUGCCCUAUUACGCCCUUGAGUUCGUUAACGUCUUGUCACCUCACGUUAGCUCUGCAGCUUCCCCAGCUAGCAACAUCAAGCUUAGGCUGAGUUCGCCUUUAUCUCCUAUGCAGUCAUCAGACACCUCACCUGCGUCUGGUGGGGGAACACUGACGAAAGUCACGCUGCUUUGGGAGAUGGCAUCCCUUAUGGCCAUUUUGUUGGUGUGCAUGGCCCCAUGCUGGAAUCCUCCAUUGUACUUCCUGUUGUCCCGCCCAGCUGUACGUCAGCUGAGAGCUCUUCUGCCUUCGUUCCUUCGGGAGCGUUUGUUGAGAAAACCUGUCCAGCGUUGGCGUGUCACUCCGGCUCAUCCUCCAUGUUUGCAACGGCCUCAAGCACCUCCAGUCUCAUUCACUCACCAAAGCCUGACAUGCAGGCUGACUCAGUAAAGGUCACAAAAGCAGGGCACACUCACAUUACUCCAUCAGAUACUGUUAACAUGUGCUGCUCAUGAAACUUUGUGCAUAUCCUCUGACUCUUGGCAACAACAUAUUAUGUGACGGCUGCAUUUUAGGUCACAAAACACUCAGUUUAUAUCUCUUGCCACAAUCCCAUAAUCUCUUGGCAACAUCCAUUUAAUGCAGGUCCAGAUGGUGGAGGAGAAAUCUAGAAAUCUAAGUGGAUUGAAAAGCUAAACAAAGCUGUUGCCCUUUGUAUAACAGCUCAAAUCGAAUUUGGACCACUGAGCUUAAAGACGUGACCUUCAGCCACCUCAUGGGACCUGAGUCUACACUCUCUAGGGCCGCCUUUUGGGGAGCUGAAGGACAUUCGCUGAACCCAAACUAAAUGACACAACCCCUUCCAAGCAAAUGCGAACCAAACUCCCCAUGGAGCUGCUACACUCCUCCAGCAACUACAUUCAUCAGCCUACAUAAAGUGUCGUAAAAUGGCAUCUGUUUAAAAUUAGCUUUGCUGUGUCUGAUGAGCUUCUAUUGUGCAUUUUAAUAAAGCUUCUAGUGCGCCACAACAAGCGUCACAACCUCGCAACCCCAUUACCGAGCUGCACAACGGAACAAAAACACGGGGGAUGCUGCUUUCACCAGAAACUCCACCAAAAGCUUGGAAGCAAUCAUGUCUGGAUUCAAUGUCAUGAGUAAUAGCAUCGUGAAAAGAAGCUCCCUUUGACUUAUGACAAGUAUCAACAGAAGCUGAUUUAGCUCAGAACCUGCAUGCAGAGAAGUGCCUAUUAAAUAGAGAUUUGACUCAAAGUAUCAAAGCAGCAGAAAGAAAAUUGCUUGUCAACAAGUGGAGCCCAUCUGCAUCUUAAGUGGUUUCAUAUCACAAGGUAAGGAACUUGUCACGUCCUUGAAUGUUGCCGUGGGUUUGUUUGACAAAGUGGCCAAGGUAGAGUGAUUGGAUUUCUUUAGGAUGAGCUGGGGGUGUCAGGCUGUUGUGAACGUGUGCAGUUAUUGCAUUUUCCCUAAACUGGCCUUGCAAUGUAAAACUAGAUGGUUUCACAGGGAUUACUGCAAUUUAUAAAAGGAAACAAAGUCAGUUUUUCACCCUUCAUUGGGUAGACGGUUUUGGUAACAUGUGAAAAUGCAAAAUGAAAUUUGAUCAUUUUGACCCAAAAUGCCUUUUAUUUCAUUUUGCUAAUAAACAUUUCAUUUGCACGUCCCAAUGAUUCUGGCUGAAUAAACGUCAGGUAACUCUUUAAGUCAAGAUCUUUCCAAGGUUGCGAGUAGAGAUCACAUAUCUGAUGUAGUCAUGACACAAUAUUAUUUUCAUUUUUAAAUAACUUCCCACAGCCUCGAGGGACUCUUAGAAUCAAUGUCUUGCUGCACGCAGGGUCAGAAUCUCUCAAACGAGUUUCUGAAAACACUGUUUGACGUUGUAGGAGUUAGUGAUAUCCAUGCUGUUGCCUGCAGCAAACACCCCCGAAUCAUCUCUGAUUCUCUCGUGUGAUUCACUGUGAAGGUUAUGUAUCACCAUGAUUCCCUCAAUAUGACGCAAACAUGAUGGAUUAGAGCUGAAAACACAAAAUUUCACCUGUUUGUCCAAAAGUAUCUGUUCAAGUUAUUUUGGACUUUAUCCACUUUAACAAUUUUGGAAGCAAAAACGUUGAACUUUUUAAAAUAAACCCAGUGAGGUGAGAAGAGGUGUCCUUUCAAUGGCUUUAACUGAUACUCUGAGUUAUUUUGGUCAUUCAACUGUCUGCAUCCUUCUUGUGUCAAAACUUUAAAAUGAUGUGACUAAAAUUAUUUGGCCGGAUUGUGAGAUUGGAGUCAUCCUUUCUGCGUAUGUGUGUGUGUGCGCGUGUGUGUGUGUGUGUGUGUGUGUGUGUGUGUGUGUGUGUGUGCGCGUGCGUGCGUGUGUGUGUGUGUGUGUGUGUGUGUGCGCAUGUGUGCGUACGUGUGUGUGUGUGUGUGUGCGUGCGUGUGUGUGUGUGUGUGUGUGUGCGUGCGUGCGUGCGUGUGUGUGUGUGUGUGUGUGUGUGUGUGCGUGCGUGCGUGCGUGCGUGUGUGCGUGCGUGCGUGCGUGUGUGUGUGUGUGUGUGUGUGUGUGUGUGUGUGCAUGCGUGCGUGCGUGUGUGUGUGUGUGUGUGUGUGUGUGAGUGUGUAUAAACAGCAUUGAUCUGCAGUCAAAUUUUAAAACAAACAGUGACCAUUUGACCUGAAGUGAUGCAACAGAAGAAAAUAGCCAAAACACUCAACUUUAUAAAAAAGAUGCUAUAUUGUGUUUUGGGGGAAUAAAUUAAUAAUUAAUUAUUAAUGAAAUUAAUGAAUUUUUCUAUGUAAAAUAUAUAGUAGUUAUCAUUAGCAACGGCAGAUGGGAGCUUUUGUUGAUUUAUAUUUGAGAACUUUUACAAACAACUCAAACUAACCACUAGUUCAAUAUUCCUAUGUCACUUCAGAACAGGCUUGUAGCUUAUUUAUGGAACUAGGAUUGGGGCAAUAUUAAAUUUAACUUGUACCAAGCUUUGUAACUUGUAACAUGUUUUGUAAAUGUGAAAUUUGUUUUUUAGCAUGUAAUUCACAUUUUGUUACACGUAACUUUAAUUUUGUUACAUGUAAAUUAGUUUUGUGGCGUGUAAUUCUCCUUUUGUAACAUGUAAUUGCGGUACGUAACAUGAAACUUUUAUUUAGUAACUUGCAGAAAAAAAUCAAGGUAAAAGUUUCAAAUCACAACUUUCAAAACACAAAUCUCAGUCUACAGUAACAAAACUCAAGUCUACAAGUACAAAACAUGUUGUCCUAAUUCUAGCUUGCUCCCAACAGGAAUUAUCUUGGACAGGAAUCCAAGACUCAUGAUUGGCUGGUCAGACAAAGCCUGUCAUUGGUUCUCUGGGAAGGAAACUAGAAUUGAAAUAAAAUGUUUUGUACCUAUAGACUUGAGUUUUGUAACUGUAGACUGAGAUGUGUGUUUUGAGAGUUGAGAUUUGAAACUCGUACAUGAAUUGUUUUCUGCAAGUUACAAAAUGGAAGUUUCAUGUUCCGUACCAAAUGUUACGUGUAUCAAGAUGAAAAUUACGUGUUACAAAACGAGAAUUACAUGCUACAAAAUGAGAGUUACAGUUACAAAACAUGUCACAGGUUACAAAGCUUGACACAAUUUACCGUAUUUUCCAGACUAUAAGCCGCUACUUUUUCCCACGCUUUGAACCAUGCGGCUUAUCAUGAGGUGCAGCUUUAGUCAACCAAAAGGGAUGGAUGCUGGAAAGUCUAAUGAAGGAAUGGUUAAAGGAGUGCUAUGGAAAGCGUCCAGGAGGAUUUUUUUCACAGUAAAAUGGCGCUGCUUGUUUUCCCAGCUUCACCCCGGGAUGAUGACAGCAACACGGAGAGCGACACUGACAUUGCCACAGAAAAGGUGUGUGACGAAGCUCUUCUGAGGCUGUUCAACUCCGUCGCUGAAGAAGAUGAUGACUUCAGUGGUUUCAGUGCGCAGGAGGACGAUGAAUAAACUAAUCAAUAACUUUUCUGUUUUGUUUGAUGCUGACCAGUUCAGUUACGUUCAGUUAAACUACCUUUUCAAUUCAGUAGAUAUCUGCGGCUUUUAGACCGGUGCGGCUUAUAUUGAGGUGCGCUCUAUAGAGCUCCGGGAGUUGACGUCACGUUUCCCGGCAUGCAACAGUUCAAAUCGAAACGGCGCCAUUAGGCAGGCAGAAGCCGGCAGCUGGACUAUUUGUUAUUGUCAGAAAACUCAAUCAAACGGGAAAUAUGGUAGAUUCCUGUUGUGCCCCAGGAUGCAGAACAGACGCGGACGACAUAAGCAAUGAGCCAUCUACAGGAUUCCCCAAGAUCCGGAGUGCCACAAAUGUUGGAUCAUUGUAACAAAACGCGUUAGUGACCAGGCUGAAAUGAAACUGUGGGAUCCCGAGAGUAAAGGUUUUCGCUUAUGCAGUGACCGCUUCAUAUCAGGUACUUAAACCAACGUUUCCUCACCUGUGUAUGGUAUUUAUUUUAAAUGCUUUUAUUACGAUUCUUAGUGGGCUUCCUAAACUUAUUUUGGUGUGGCUUUUUCUGUCUUAUUACUCAUAGCAACAAGUAAACGUCACGUAAAACGUUGCCUCGUGAGUUCUGCGUGCUGCUGUUUACGUGUUUUAUGAUCACAGAAAUUAACCGGCUAAGCUGUAUUUAAUUUUUAAGCAAUGGUUGAUCAAUUGUCAGAUCACACAUAAAAAGCACUUUGGAUUGCUAUUAUCUGUGUCACCGAGCCAGAUCUCAGACAGAUUCGGAGACGCUCCUGCCUGACAUAUUUAUUUUAUUCACGGAAAAAAAUCAAACUAGUGAUUUCUCUUGGCGUUCAGUUUAUACAUUCAAACAGCACAGCACUCUAUUUAAACUACUUACGUGUAAAUCUGUUAUUUGUCCAUCCAUCCAUCCAUUUUCAUCCGCGUAUCCGGAGUCGGAUUGCGGGGGCAGUAGCGUCGAGAAGCCCUGACUUCCCUCUCCACCAGCCGCUGGAGCCAGCUCCUCCGGGUAAAUCCCAAGGGGUUCCCCGGCCAGGUCCAGUAAGAAGCCCGCUCCGACAGCUUCUGGCGUCAGAGCGGACAGUAGCGUCGAGAGUCCCAGACCUCUCCCCAGCUCCUCCGGCCGGGGGAAUUCCAAGGGGUUCCCCGGCCAGGUCCGGUAAGAAGUCCGCUCCGACAGCUUCUGGCGUUUUUAAAAAGUAUCCCAGGGGCACGGUAAGGGUCGGAGAUGUUUAGUCUAUUUGAUUUCUGACUAUAUAAAACGAUUUCUUUGGUUAUAAAGUGUGAAGUAAACACCAACGAUGUAAAAUCCAAGCGGAUCCCGUUCACAUUCAUGGUUACAUCCGUGUUUGUUUACCUUUUUUUUCCUGCCAAAAUGGCGUCCACUAACUGAGAGUCACGUGGGGUCCGGAGCUCUUUAGUCCGGAAAUUACGGUACAUGUCAUUUUGUCCCAAUUAUAGUUCCAUACUUUUUGUUGCUGUGCAUCUAAAAGCUUCUAAAACAACAUCAGCCCUUUCUACCUCAUUAACCUCAGGACUGAUCCUUCCUUCUGUUUUGAGAAAUAAUGUAUUCCCCUCAACUCUUGGAGUAAACAAGUUGGUCAAUAACUGCUGCUCAUAAACUCAAGAGCUAAUAGUGGCUACAAAUGUCUGUUCACUACAUAUGCAGGCGUUGGAGGGGGGAACUAGAUUCUCAUGCACUUUGAUACAGAUAAGUCUUUUUGAAUUGAUGUUAAAGUGUUGAAAGUUGGCUUUAAUAAUAGUAAAUGAAAAUGGAACCUAAUCAGUGAUGAGAUUGGAAGUCAUCCAUUUUUGUCUUCUAUCAGAUUUCUCCACUGUUGAAGCCAGUGGCCUUGAAUUUUUGAUCUUUUCUGCUGUUUUCUGUUGUUUGCAUGUAAGCAAUUUUUUUUUCCAAAUCCCAAAACUGAGGUUAAACCCGUGGGUGGGGGUUUCACAAUAAAGACUAGAAAUAUU